AAUGCGUGUGAAUAUGGAGCGUUGUGAAAAUUCAUUAAAUUAAUAAAUAAAUUGUACGAAAAACGCGAACAAUUUUAUAUAUAUUAAUAAUAACGCGCGUAGUGUGUUUAAUAUUUCAAAUUUUGUAAGAAGAAAGCUUUUAUCUAUGCGGUGGUGUCAUUUUAGAAUUUCUAAUAGUGCUGUCAGCUGCAAGGUGUAGCGACACGGUUGAAGAAAAACUCGCUGUUGGUUGCCUAGCGCAUAUACGUGAAGGAAACUCGUCGUCCGUGGUCAUUUUCAAGGAGAAACAGCAAAUCCAGCAAUGUGAAAUUCCAACAUAUAUUCACAAAUAUGUUUUUAUAGUUUUAUAUCUUAAGAAUCGUUGCCAAUUGAUUUGGUUUAAGGGCAUAGUUAGACAAUGGCAGGCGUAGACGUGAGUUAAACAGUUGGAAAAUUCAAUAAGCAAGUGAAAAAAAUGAAAAUUGGAAGUGCAUCAUUUGCCAUGUUUCGCAAGGGCAAUGUGCGGCAAUGGCAUAUUGCUUGAAGUGUAAUGUGUAGUUGAAACGAAAGUAGUGGAAAGUGUAGAAUUUAAAAAGCCGAAUUGAAAUACAAAAUAAAAGCUUUAAAUAUAUAAUACACAAAAAGUCAAGCAGAAAAUAAAAAAAUACAAAAAAGGCGACAACCAGCGAUUGACGUACGAGAAUUGUUAAAUAGCCGUGCGGUGCGCGUCGGACAACAAAGUGGUGUGCAUAAUAAUGCAAACGGCGGGGUGAAGUGCAAUCCGGUUAGUCGAAAAAGUUUGUGUAAAUAAAAAUAUAAAAAAAUUUCCAAUAGUAAAUGUGUACAAACGUAAACAUUUUUAUAAAAAAAAGAAAACAAAUAACAAAUUUUAAUUGAUCUACCCAUAAAGAGAUCAAAAAGUGUAUAUGCAGAUCUUCCUAAAUGAAAUUUUUUCUCCUUUAUAUUAACUCAUCUACAAAUUUUUCUGACAUAAUUUAAGCACCAUCUAAACAAAUCACAUUGGAAAGCGGCCGCUUUAGCUUUGUUAUUGUGUCUAAAGUGUUUUUACUAGCGUAUAUUCAUAUGCCCACCUUGCGCUUCCAAUUUUUCUACUGCAACAAUUGCCGCUUUACUUAAAAUCAACAGCUGUUACCUCAUAACUCCUCUAUAAUUUGUUUGUUUGUAAAAAAAAUAUCCGUUGUAAUCAAAGUAAAACGGGUGGGGAAAAAUAAUAAUUCUAUUAGUUUAGUAACAGAAUGCCCAAAUGCGACAUGAAGACUCGCUACAUUCCUGCUACAUUUGCCUGGAUUCUAUUGCUGUCCACGACGUUCCUCUUCUUUUUCUAUCCCUGCCAAUACUAUUUGAAAAGCCAUCUAUGGGUACCGGCAUAUCAGGGUGUCAUCACAUUUUUCGUUUUGGCCAAUUUCUCAUUAGCGACAUUCAUGGACCCCGGUGUCAUACCAAAAGCAUCGCCAGAUGAGGACCGGGAGGAGGAGUUUCGUGCACCGCUUUAUAAAAAUGCCGAAAUCAAUGGCAUCACCGUCAAGAUGAAAUGGUGUGUGACUUGUAAAUUCUAUCGUCCGCCACGCUGUUCACAUUGUUCCGUAUGCAAUCAUUGCAUAGAGACAUUCGAUCAUCAUUGCCCUUGGGUGAACAAUUGCAUUGGACGUCGCAAUUAUCGUUUCUUCUUCUUCUUUUUGGUUUCACUAUCCAUACACAUGCUGAGCAUAUUUUCAUUAUGCUUAUUUUAUAUAUUGAAGAUAACGCCAAACAUCAGGGAAACAUCGCCCAUAGUAGCUAUGGUGUUGAUGGCUAUAGUUAUAAUCCUAGCGAUUCCGAUUUUCGGGCUUACCGGUUUUCAUAUGGUGCUCGUAUCACGUGGGCGCACAACAAACGAACAGGUCACCGGCAAAUUCAAAGGUGGAUAUAAUCCAUUCUCACGUGGCUGCUGGCAUAAUUGCUGUUACACCCAGUGUGGACCACAAUAUCCAAGUCUUCUUAAGCCAGAAAAAUAUGCCGCUCGUCGCUCACACAAGGACGGUCAGGGUAUUAGUGUUAUCACCACCGAACGGCGGACGAAUCAACAGGGCAGCAGUAUGCGAGGCAACAACACACCCGGCAAUGUGCCACGUUCACCACGCGAAACGCUGAAAAACUAUUACGAUAGGGACAAUCGACACACUCAGGUAAAGACUUAUACGGACCAGGGCAAUGGUUAUAAUCAACGGUCGGGCAGCACAACGCUUUAUAGUAAGCUGUCGCCUGGACGUGAAUGUUCAGACACCGAUAUGGAGCCGCAGGCAUCGCAGAGUCAAGAUUGUGAGCCCACACCGCCACUGCAACGACACAAUUCGACAAAUUUCUACUUGCCCCAAGUGGAGGCAGGCGUGAGCAACAUGAAUAACGGUGGCAUAGCGACCGGUGCGGGCAUGAUGCCCAACGCUGGUGGAGGUGGCGGCGCAGGUGGUGGUGGUGGCGAUUCACCACGUCACAUGCGCAUGUAUCAUCCGCGACACAGUCCACUAGCGCGUCAGCGCGGUUUGGAGCCACAACGCGGCUAUAAUCCCGCCGAUCCAUUGUCGCCCGAUCAUCCCGCUCAUCCGGGCAAUCAGGGCGUACAGCAACAACAACGCAGUGGGACAACUGCAACGCCCACAAUGCAGCAACGAAUAAAACCGUUGGGUGUGGCAACACCACUGGUUAUGGCAAGUCCCGUCAGAAGAUCCAAUCCUGGCACGCCCACCCAACCAAGACGACCCGACUUCAUUGGUCUAAAUACACAGCAGCAGCAGCAACAACAACAGCAGCCGUCGCAGACCUAUUACGAGUAUACGACCGGCUUACCGCCGCAGCAUCCACAACCGCCAACGAUUCAACAGCAACAGCAAAUGCUGUUGCAACAACAACAACGUGCCAUGAUGCAACAGCAUCAACAACAGCAACAGCAGCAGCAACAACAAGUUCCGCUAACACAUCACCAACAACAGGUGUUGGCAUCGCAGACCUACGGCGGUAGCCCACAACGCCGUUUCCUCUCCGAAGGUGAACUGGUACGCCAGGGCGCGAACGAGCUUUCAUAUGCGCGCUCCAACAACACCGUGGACAAUAUACGCGAAUUGGCCGGAAGUCCACAGCGCGGCGUGUACAUGUGGAAGGACACAUCGCCCGGUUUCAGUAGCAGUAGCGGCAGCGCUAGCGGCGGCGGUGGUGGCAUGCCACCCUCUUCCAUGAGCAUCGGCAGCAAUGCUGGCGGCACAAUGGGCAAUAGCAUACAUCACGCACAGUACAUCACAGUCGGCGGCAGCGGGCAGUCGCAUCCAUUGAUCAUGACGCAUUCGCGCAUGCAUCAGCCAGGCGAAUAUAUGCCAGCUACGCAACAACAGCAGCAACAACAAUAUCGCUCUAAUCCAACCAGCCCCACAACCAUGCCAGCCACAUCGUCCUCGACCAACGCACCAACCUAUAUGAUGCGUUACGGUGUCGGCAAUCCCGUCGCCUCACAGCCAAAUAACUACGUGCACACAUCACAGGCGCUAACGAACUCGACCGUCGGCGGUUAUCAGCCGCAAUUGCGCGGCGGCGUGGCCGUCUUUCCACCCAAUCCCAGCGGGCCUGGUGUGGGCGUCGGUGUAGGCGGUGGCGCCGGCAUCGUCACACAACUUCAAACACAGCCAUCGCCGCAAGUGAAGCGGAAACAAACACCCACGCGCCCCAUGUCAUUUGUGCGCGCACUCGAAAUGACCGACUCGAUGGAAAUGCAAACGCUCGAGCAGCAGCAGCAGCAGCAACAGGGUCGCGGCGUUGGCAAUAUGCCAGCCUCUGCCGUCGGUGGACCGGGUGUACAGCAUUUGGUAGGCGGCGCACGCACCACGACACCGACACCGGAGCGCGCGAGCGUCUACGAUAUGAAUUACGAGAUUUCCGUAUAACCCGUGGUUGUGCCGGUUGUCGUGCCACCCGCCUCGGUGACCAUCUCGGCAACGGCUGCGGCGUAUGCGCGCAAAAAGGGCGCAAGCGUUGUGGCCAGCGCCGCCGAACCAUCGGCGUACGCAUCAGUGCCAGUUAUGGCGGCGAAUACGCCCAACAGGCGCAAGUUCUCCACAUUCUUUUAGAAUGACCGUUAGGAUGGACGCGGCCUGUCUAGGCUAUAUUGCCAGCCAGUAAGCUAAUAUUUAGUAAUAAUAUAGCACAUUAUAGUUGUUUUCUUUACGUUUUUCGUUUUACCAAAACCCGAACCGAUUUUAAUACCGAGUCAUUUAUACAUAUGUAUUAUAUUAUAUUUCUCUACACAUAAACACACACACACAUACACACAUAUAUAUACACUGCUACCAAACGCAACUAUACGCAAACACAGUUCCGUACCGCCAAAUGUAAAUAUGUAUACAACCUUAGAUACACCUCCUAUGAUUACUACCUAUGAUAUAUACCUUAGGGUGGCCGUUAUUUCACAAGUUGUUUUUUUUUGCAAACGAUCCCUGACGUUCCAGUUUUACUUCAAAAAAGGGUUCGCAUGUAAACAAGCUCUUUAUUUUCAGUUUAAAGCGCGGCUACUUUUUUUCUUUUGUAUACAGCAAGCGAGUUUUUCAUAUUUUGCAUUAAGCAACUAAAUCUUCAACUUUGAAAAAGUGAUAUUCUAAUACAAAAUUGUCCACUCUACAAAAAAGUUCUUAAUGAUUUUUUUCAAAAAAUCACUCGUUUAAAAGUUAUAGGCAGUUAAAGUUAUGCAUCAAAUGUACUGAGCAUUCAUACUGAUUUAAGUUCUAUGCUUUCUAUGUUGCUCAUACGCCAUGGUGUACUAUAUGAAUGCAGUACUUUUGACAUAAAAUUUUAACUGUGUAUAACCUUUAAAGGAAUAUUUUAGGAAAAUAUUAUUAAAACCUUUUUUGUAGAGCAUAUCAGAGUAGUAGAGAGAGAGUAAAAAGAGUAGAGAGAGAGAAUUUUGUAGGGUUUAUCAGAAUACCUAUCAUUAUUAAAGUUGUAGGUUUAUUUGCUUUGCACAUAAAAACUGUAUGAGAUGAGAAAAAAGAUUUGAAGACGAUUUAAAUUGAAAAUAAAGAGUUUGCUUUUGUUGGAUUCAUCUUUUGAGAACUAAAACUAAAACUUUAGGUGGCUUUGGCAAAAGAUGAAACUCAACUUGCGAAAUAAAGGACACCCUAAUGCACAUACAUACAUAUACUUUAUGAUAAUAGUUGUAAAAAUCUAAAAAUAUGCGCGUAUGUACACGCGUUAAUGUUUAUUUACACACGUCACAUUUAUAAGUUCAGCCGUUGAAAAGGAAUUUGUGAAAUAAAUUCUCUCUCAAUGUUUAAUUGUCAAAGUUUUAAAUAUGUAUGAAUUGUUAAACCGCUUUUAAAAAUAUUUAUUGAAAACCACACAUAACCAUAACAUUAAAUAUGAUUUAAUUAAUUGUUGUAAUUACAAAGUGCAGAAACUAUUGUAAUGUUGUUGUUACUGCGACAACAACAAAAGCAAUGCCAAACAGCUGUGCGCAUGAGAUUAUACUGCUUUGAUGUGGUGGCCGCUGAAAUGUAUGCAGAGCAACUGAGUCUGAGUCUGACUGAGAGUAUGUUUUAUCAAAUUUCAUGCCGACAAAACUUAUUUUUAAAUUGAGCUUGAGCUUAUUUAAUACAAAAAUUCGAAAAAUUUUUAAAUAUUACCGUUAACGAUUCUAUUUAGGGUUUAUAUCCACAUGCAAGUCAGAAAAAACGCGCUUUUCAAAAAUGUUUUUUUUUUUGAUUUUUUUAAGAGUCUUUUUGUUAAUAUGUAGAUAAAACAAAUUCAGAAUUUCACGUAUUUUAAUACUCGCUGAUUCAUUUUUAAAACUUUUGGAUGCUCUUGUUCUCGUAGUUGAUCUGCAGAAGUACCGUCAAAAAAAGGUUGGCGGUAAACAAGACUUUUCUGGAAAAAAUUAUCUAAAAUCCAAGAACCAAAAAAAUUAGUUAUUGUUAAAGAUGAAUUUAGGACUAGUUAAAAAUUAUUAUUAAAUAAAAACGAAGAAGAUAUGCCGGAACAGCUUCAAAAAAACGAAUUUUGGAAAAUCUCAAGUGGAUAUAACCUCUUAAACUGCAAGCUCAAAACGAGUGCUAGGUUUUCGAUUGAUUUAUAAAUAAAUUCUAAAAUUCAAAACUUCUUACGUUCAAAGAAAUUUUAUGAAUAUGGUCUCAUUUUAAAGCAAGCUGAGUAUAGAAAUAUAAAAAAUCAUAAACAAGAUUUUAAAAAGUCUAAAAAUAUCGGGUAAAAUUUAUUUUUCUAAAAGAAACCCGCCACAAAAGUUUUAGCUAGUUGCAUGUCUACAGAUAUUGUGUAAAAUAACAGUUGAAUAUUUGUUAAACUUUUUUGCUGUUGUGAAAAAUUGUUAAUGGUAGUUCUAAAAUUUGCUGAAUAUUAGGUUUUUAGAAGUCUGAAGGCUUAAAAAUAAUUUUAAUUCAUUUUUUUAGAAGUCAGCAGGUUUGAUAAAAGUUUUUAUUUUUCUAAAACAAUUUUUCAGCACAUUAAUGAAAAUCACAGUAAAUUUAGUUGAUGAUACAUGCUAGAUACAUGUUGUCGUUGUUGUAGCGAUAGAAAACAUCACUGAGUAAUUAGGUGGAAUGCGACUGAGUUGACAAUGCUUGGCCGCAUAAAAAAUGCAGCUCCGUUCCGAUUACAUAAACGCGACUGUCGUUUCGAGGGUACAAUUCAUAUUGAUUUUUGAAUUCUGAUAUAAAUUUGUAUGUUUUAAAAAGUUUCAAGCAAUAUGGUUUUUAAAUGCAUACUCAAAGUCUCAAAUAAAAAAAAAAUUAUUAAAAAUUUAAAAAAAUAAAAUUAAUUAAAAAAUUUAAAAAAAAAAUUUUAAAUAUUAAAUUCUAAAAUUCUGAAACAUGCUCUUCGCUGUCAAUACCUAAAAUACAGCAAUUUCUCAUAAAAAGUAUUAUAACAGCACACACUCAUGUAAUCACCACAUCAAAUAAUCAUAAUCUCAUAGUGAACACUGUUUGGUAAAAACUUGUGUUUUGUUGCAAAGUGUAAUUUAUCAAUUUUUUUAUUAUUAAUUGUAAAUUACCGUAUGUUGUUUUCUUAGCAUACGUAUAUUGACAACCACAACAUUAGCUGUAAUGAAAACAAAAACUCCCUUAGUCCAUCCCAGUGAGGGUAAACGCCAUUUUGCCAUGGUCUUAUUGCCUUCCAAAUAGUUAUUUGCCGGCCAUUUAGUAUACAGUCCACAAUAGCGACAGUAGUACGGUUGAGAAGCCCUAAUAAGUACAUAUUUGAGAACGAGCAAGUGCGCAUAAAAAAUAAAACAAAAAAAUAUAAAUAUUAAAAACUGGGAAAUGUAAAAAACCAGCGCAGCGCCACGAGAAUUUUGAGUAAAUUUUAGAAAAGUUUGCAUUCACCUUAGUUACAUCAUAUUGAUGUUUAAAUUAUUGAAGCAAAUGGGGAUUACAUACUUUCUUUGUACAUAAAUAUGUAUAAUUAAAAGCAAACAAUUUUCAGUUUUUUUUUUUUCAAUUAAAACUUGCUUAAUUUGCCCCGCUGUCCAUAAGCGUUAUAGUUGCGACUGGAUUGUGUGGCUAUAAAAGAAAUUUGCAAACAUUUUAGCAUGUUUUGUGAGCAGUCGCUUUUUAACUAAAAAUUUAAAUAUUUAUAUUUUUAAUUAAAAUGAAACUUUUGGCCAAAAUGAAUUGCGCGGCGUAAAAUGCUGUUAGAAAAAUUGAUUGCGAGUUGGCAGCAGAAAAAAUAUAUGUUGCGCGUUGCCAGCAAGAAAAAAAUAUUGCGAGUUUGCAGUAGAAUUCUAAAAAGCAUUAUUGUUAAAACUAGAACAAUGUAAUUUGCUGAGAUCAUUUUAACAUAAAAUUCUAAAAUUUUAUUUUUUUCAAAAUUUAAAGUUUCCCGGGGCUUAAAGUCCAACCACCUCAGCUUGUUUUGACAAAUCUCGCGUUCUGCUCACUUAAUUACAAGCCCAAUAUCUACGCAAAAUCUUUUUAUUCAUACAUUUUUGUGUAAACUCCUUUUCCAAAAACCCAAAAAUUUACUCAAUUUAUUAUGCAAUAUUAAAAAUGAAUUUAAAAUCUAAUUUGGAGUAAAUCGAAAGGAACUCAUGCGAAUGUGCUAAGAACUGAUAUAUGUAUCUAAAUUGUGUAUAUGUGUUAUGCUGUUCGAAAAAAAUUUAAUUAAAUUAAAAAAAAAAACGAAAAACUACUAAAAAGUAAUCACAAUCCAAACUCAACUAAACACACACGCCAUCUUUAACUAUUAUAUUAUAAAUUUCGGUACGUAACAUAAGUGUGUAAGCAAAGAAGAGAAAAACAAAAAGAAGCAAAGCGCAAUAAAAGCAAGAAAUCUGUAAAAAACAUAUUCUUACUAUUAGCAAUUCUUCUCAACUAACUAGUGGCAUUUAAAUAAUAAGCUAAAGCUAAAGCUAACAAUUAAACAUUAGAAAAUGGAGAGAAGAACUGUAAGAACCUUAAAGGUAAAGUUGUCGAAAACAAAUAUUAUAUAUUAACAAAUUUAGUUGAUAAUUAAUUAGUGUAAUUAAAAAAAUUACUAAAACAUAGCUAAGCAUACUAUAUUAAGAAUAUAAAAAAAGAAACAUGUAUAUGGAUUAUAGCUUUUAAGGAAUUAUAUUCUUGUAUGUAUAAAUAGUGUACGCCCAUAUGCAUAAAUGCGAGCGAAAAAAAUUUAAUGGAGAAUAAAUGCAGCAACAAUUUUGAAGUGAAAAUUCAAAAGAAAUGUACAAACAUCAUUGCAUUUUGCAUUUGGCCAGCGCCAAUGAGUGUGUGUGCUGAGUGCGGCAGGCAUGUUGAACAGGCAGUAGCAAUAACUUGUCCAGGCAUUUUUGAGGAUGGCAAAAGAAAUUGAUAUUAAUAUGAUGUGUAUAUUGACAUGAUUUGUAUGAUGACCUUUUUUUU